AUGGCUCUUUCACCAGUGCUCAACGGAGGGCCCUUUGUGCACCUCAACAAGAUGCCUGGCUCUUCCUCGCCGCCACACAGCAUUCACACAGACACUACAUCUGUGGUGGCAGCUGCAGCAUCCAUGUCUGCCAUCAUUGAUACUUCAGCUCUUGACACGGCCUCACAGAUUCUCCGCGUCAUUGAGCGUUAUCGUCUCAAGAAGACCUCGUCCAACAGUCCCGUGGCAAACCGUGCUGACGAAGGUGCCUUGACUUUCCUCGCUCUCAUCUACAGUCACGUCAAGGCGGGCAAUGUGGUUCCCAUGUGUCUGCCUGCGUUUCCAUUCAAGUCUCCCAACAGCAGAACAAAGGUCCUGGGCAGUCUUCCAGAUAAGGCGGAAGAGGUUGCUCUGGCCCAUCUCAACGGCCUCUGCCGCUCCAUCCAGGACAUUUACUCUCCUGGUGCCGAGAUUACAAUUAUUUCGGAUGGCUUAGUCUACAAUGACCUACUCGGCGUCCCGGAUCGAGAUGUUUGGAAGUACGGUGAAACACUCCGUGCCAUGGCCGCCGAAAAGGGCUUCCACCACAUACAGUUUGCUCGACUUCGCAAUCUUGUUACCCUUGAUCUACCCGAGUCACUCGAUGAAAUGACCUACGUCGCCAACGCCACCAACUUCCGCCGAGCCUUCCUCAACACCUUCAGCGAGCCCGGCUGGGACUGGAACGAGGUCUCCAAGAAUCCGGAUGUUUGUAUGACAUAUCGUGGUUAUCUCAAGUUCCUUCAGACCGAUCUCGAAACUGUGUAUCCCAUCUGCGAUGACCGCACAAAGUCCAAGUUUAAGCGUGGUCUCGAGUACAUUGCCAAGGAGAUGAUGGCCCGUGGUGAUGCCUUUGCUCGCGGUGUCCGCCAAAAGUUCAAAGACUACGUCCGUUUGUCUAUUCAUCCAUCCACAGGCGCCACCAAGCUGUCUGUCAGCCUCUUGCCCACCACUUCCAUGUUCACCACGCCCUGGCACUGCACUAUUGCCUACAUGAUGGACGGCACCGUUACCAGCGCCAUGAAGUGCGACUUGGAGGCCGACGACCGCUUUGAGCUCAUCUACGAAAACGAUCGUCCCAGCUACUUCCGCGAAAAGUCCGACGUCUUCACCUGGGCUGAGGCCAAGGGCGGUGUCACCUGUGCUCCCAUUUACCCUUGCGGAUGGCUCGUCACGCCUACCGCUGGCAAAAAGGCCCUCUCCAUCCAAGAUCUUGAUGCUCCCAAGGUCCGCAAGCUGGCUGAGGUCGGCUCGCCCAUUGUCCUGCGUGGCUUUGCGAAUACCACCAACAGAGACAUGUACGUUGAAAAGGCGUAUGAGUUGGGUGAACCCACGCCUUGGAAGUUUGGCCUCGUUCUUGAAGUCAAGGACCAAGGUAGUGACACUCGUGGCCUCAACAAUGUCUUGUCCGCUGAAUGGAUGCCCUUCCACUUUGAUGGUCUCUUCAAGACCAUGACCAAGACGGGAGAGGAUGGCAAGGAGAUACUUGUACCCAACUACCCCGGGUUCCAGUACUUUGUUGGUGCUACAGCGUCCCCCAAGAAGACGGGCUACACCAUCUUCUCAUCUUCUACGGGAUUCUUCAACAACUUGCCUCCCAGUAUGACCGUUGACACGCUGUCCCAACUGACUUGGUCCGUCAAGACAUCCUCGUUCAACUCCACUGUCCUCAAGGAGCUACCGCUUGUGGUAUCGCAUCCUUCAACCGGUAAACCCUGCCUGCGCUAUCAUGAGCCGUGGCCCACGUCCAAGACCAAGUUUGAAGCGACAUAUGUGGACAUUGAAGAUGUCAGCCCCGAGGAGAGCGCAGAGAUCUGCAGUGCUAUUGACGAGACGCUGCAUGAUCGCCGUGUGGCGUAUUACCAUUCCUGGGAUAAGGGGGAUGUUGUCAUUAGCGACAACAUUGCCAUGAUGCACACCCGCAGCGACUUUAACUCGGAGAUGCCGCGCGAGUUGUGGCGUAUUCACUUUGAUUAA